UCUCGCUUACUAGAAUUAAUUAUUAUAAUAUUACUUUAAAUAUUAGGAGAUCUAAGAAUGGCUCAACCUAAGAAACAAGCCGGUAAGAAUGGCAAGAACAAGAAGAAGGGUGUUUCGAAACAAAGGAAGACUCCUACUUUAAAGCAAAAAUUAAGGAGCCAGUCUAAAAUAGUUCGAGUGGAUCAAUUGAAGUGGAAGCCCGUAGAUAUUCCUGAUAAUUUAGAUGACUAUGAAGGUUUCUUUGGCUUAGAAGAAAUAGACGGAGUUGAUGUCAAGAUGGUAAAUGGAAGGGCUGAAUUUAUUAUGAAAGAAAGUAAUGACGAUGAAAGUGAUAAAGAACAAGAAGAGGAAGAGGAAAAGGAAGAAGAAGAAGAAGAAGAAGAAGAAGAAGUACAGCCAGAGGAGGAAGAUGAACAAGAAGAUGAGGUACCAAAGCAAUCUGAAGACUCAAAUGCCGAAGAAGAUGAAUUUACUGGGUUUGAAGAUGUGCCAGACAACCAGAAAUCAAAUACAGACAGCAAAGCAGAUGAUACUCCCAAAAAGAAGGACAAUAAAGAGUCCUUCAAACACCAAGAGAAAACAUUCCAAAAUCUUGAUAUAAACAUACCAGAUGAUAAUAUAAGUCUUCCACAAUGGGAAGAUCAAUUAAAUGGAUUAAGUUUAAGUUCAUAUACAUUAACAGGAUUAUCUGCAUUGGGUUUUGAUAAGCCUACACCUAUUCAAAGGAGAACUAUUCCAAUUGCCAUAGAAGGAAAAGAUGUUAUCGGAAAAGCUACUACCGGGUCAGGUAAGACUCUUGCUUAUGGUAUUCCUAUACUUGAAAAGUUUAUUGCUAAAACAAAUAAAGGUGAUCAUCCUACUGGUAUUAUUUUUACACCAACAAGGGAGUUAGCUCAUCAAGUUGUGGAUCACUUAAAUUUAAUAACAAAAUUUUCUCCAUUAUCUGCCAAUGGAAUUGUAAGUGUGACUGGAGGAUUAUCUAUUCAAAAACAAGAAAGAUUAUUAUCCCAUAGUCCGGGAAUAUUGGUUGCUACACCUGGUAGAUUCUUGGAAUUACUCCAAAAAGAUAUAGAAUUAGUUAAAAGAAUGGCUAAAGUUGAUGUUCUAGUUCUUGAUGAAGCUGAUAGAUUAUUACAAGAUGGACAUUUUGAAGAAUUCGAAAAGAUUUUAGAGCUUUUAAGAAAACAUAGACCAAGCAAUAAUUCAAUUCCUUGGAAAUGGCAAACAUUGGUUUUCAGUGCUACUUUUUCUAAGGACUUAUUUGGUAAACUUUCCAACAAGUCAUCUAGUAAGAAAGAUCAAGGGUUAGCAGAAAAUGAUGAGAUCUUACAACUUUUAAAUUCCAAAUUAAAAUUCAAAGAUACCAAGCCUGCAUUAAUUGAUGCUAAUCCAAAGGAAAUAGUUGCCGGGUUAGUUACUGAAGCUCUUGUAGAAUGUGGACCCACAGAACGUGAUUUAUAUUUGUAUUACUUUUUAUUGAUGUAUCCAGGUACUACCUUAGUAUUUGCAAAUGCUAUUGAUUCAGUCAAGAGAUUAGUACCAUUCUUGAAUAGUUUAAAUAUUCCAGCAUUCUCUAUUCAUUCAUCUAUGAUUCAAAAGCAAAGAUUAAGAGCAUUAGAGAAAUUCAAACAUGCCAGUGAAAACAAUCAAACUGCCGUCCUUAUUGCAUCUGAUGUUGCUGCAAGAGGGUUAGAUAUUCCUAAUAUAGAUCAUGUGGUACAUUAUCAUUUACCAAGAUCUGCUGACGUUUAUAUUCAUAGAUCUGGAAGAACAGCUAGAGCUGGUAAAGAAGGUGUAUCAAUUAUGCUUUGUUCACCCAAUGAAGCUUCUGGUCCAUUAAGAAAAUUAAGAAGAAUUGUUGCUAAUUCUUCAACUUCUGGUAAAUUGAAUAUGCAUAAUGAUGUUAAGCUUUUACCUAUAGAAGCUGAUUUGGUAACACAAAUUAGGCCUCGUGUUUCUAUAGCUUCAAAACUUGCAGAUUCAUCUAUUUCUACUACUGCCACUAGAAAGGAAGAUUCUUGGGUUAAACAAGCCGCUGAAGAUUUGGGAGUUGAAGAUUUAGGAGAUUUAGGAGAUUUUGAAGAUGAUAUGCUUAAAAAGCAAAGAAAGAGAAAAGAAGGAAAGUUAUUAUCAAAGAAUGAAGCACAAUCAUUAAGAUAUGAAUUAAAGGAAUUAUUAAGUAAACAAUUAAGGAAAAAUCCAAGAAGAUCAUAUUUAACUAGUGGAUUAGAGAAUUUGGCUCAUCAAAUGGUUACUGGACAUACCCAUAAGGAAGUCUUAGGUCAUGCUAAAGUCAAUGCCCUUGAUGACUUAAGAAAAAAGGGUUCUAAAGAUAAGAAGUUUAAGGUUAAUAAGCCCAAGGCCAAUCCCAAAGUUGCAAAGCAAAGUAAUGGUAAUAAAAACGAUAAACAGAAGAAGAAAUAGCGCAAAUUAUAUACAAACUGUACAUAUAAUAGAAGAAAUAAAUAUGUAAUAAAAUACAAAUGAUUAAC